AAGAGCUGGCGAAUAAUUUUAGCAAAUGAGAAAAUUGACGAAUAUUUUUGGAGAAUUAAUUUUCGUUUCUGCAAGAGAUGUGAAUUUGAGGAUACGUAUUCGUUGCCGUCCGGGAAAGACGGUGUGUUGAAGUUGCAUUCGGAGAAGAAGUGCCCUUUGGACGAUUUUGAUUUGGUUUACUGGCAAGGCAGUGGGGGUUGCUUUUGCAGUUUUGGUGUUUUGGAAAGUGAAUUUUUUGAAAAUGUUGAUAAUUUGAGGACACAAGGUCUGGUGCAAUGUCCACGUAAGUGUGCGUCAGGUCAUGGUGUGUUGGUGCUCGAUCCCCAGUCAGCACCCAAAUGGCGAUUCGCUUGUAAUCGCUGCUCAUCGGUGCUGAUCGCGUUCGAAGGUGCGCAGAAACUGAAGGUGCUCGAGAGACAAUGCGAGGCGUGUUUGGCGCAGUGGGUGCAGGUCGAUUAUAAGGAUGACAAGUGUCCUUUACCAGAUGGAGAGUCGCAGUUCAAAGGGUGUAUAUUCUGCGAUGAGUCAGUGCAGUCGUUGAUCAAUAUGAAUCAUUUGUUUUACGAAAGGGCUGAUAGCAAUAUGAUUGGACAGCAACAGGGGGGUGGUAGAAGGGGUGGUUCGAGAGGAGGGGGACGGGGG